CAUGUGUUAAUGUGUUGAUGUACAUUGUUAUGAUUAGUAAAACUGUCAACAACUAAUGUCACUUGAUGUUUAUACUUUUUAUUGUUUUUCAUAAAAAAAAAUAAAAAUAAUCUACAAUAGAAAUAUAUACAGAUAAAUAGUUGAUAAAUAAAUUGUAUAAAAUACAAAAUGUCAGGCCAACAACAUCCUUUUCCAUCUGGUUUUCCAACAGCUCAACAACAAGCAAUGAGAAGUCAAUUUGGUGGUGGACAAAUGGUACCAGGUAUGAUGGGACCACAACAAGGAGGUAUGGUUAGUCCUCAACAAUUUAACGUUGGUGGAAAUUCCAUGGUCAUGUCAAAUGCACAACAACAACAGCAACAGCAACAAUUAGCUGUACAACAAUCAGUAUCAAUGCAAAUGCAACAAUUGCAACAACAGCAACAACAAUUACAACAACAGCAACAACAAAUGCAAAUGCAACAACAACAACAACAAGCAAAUUUAGUUGCACAGGGUAAUCAACCAAUUGGACAAGUUGGACAACCAUCACAAGCACCAAUAUCACAAACACAUCAACAACCACAACAACAGCCACAACAAUCUGGUCAAUCAGAUCAAUCACAACAACAACAAUCUCAACAACAACAACCACAGACACAUCAAACUGGUCAACAACCACAAAAUAAAGAAUACAAUGCAAUUACAUUGUGUAAAUUUGGACAAGAAACUGUUCAAGAAAUUCUCAUGAGAGUUGUUGAAUGUUUUUCAACACUUAAAACACUUCAAUUACCAAAUGGUACAGCACAAGGUGCAAAUAUAGCUAAAGAAAAAAAAAUUAAAUUUGUUGAACAAUUACGUACAUGUAGUUAUUUAUUUCGUCGUUUACGAGUUAUUUAUGAAAGAAGUAAUGAAACUGGACAAUUACAAGGUAUGGAAUAUACACAUAUUGAAAGUUUAAUACCUCUAAAAGAAGAAUGGGAUAUGAAAUCUGAAGAAAAAAAAACAUCAGAAGCAUAUAGAAUUGCUUAUGAAGAAUAUAAAGAAGCUACUGAGCAAGUUAUUGCUAAGAAUCGUCAUCUUAAGGAAAUCAUCAAUCAAAUGAGACGUCUUAUUUCUGAAAUUAAUACCAUGUUGAGUAUGAGAAGAUCGUAGAAUAUUUUUUUUUUUUCUGUAAAUAUACAAUGUUUGAAAUUAUCUCUAAAGGUUGAAUGAAAAAAAAAGACAAAUAAAUUUUUAGUUAUCAACAUAUU